AUGGGUCACGCGCGGAGCGCGAGUUACGGAUACGGCUUUAAACCCACCACUCCGAGCACCAUGCGGCCGGUGAUAGAAGAAGAAUGCGAGGGAAUCGAAUCCAAAGAAGAGCCAAGUCCUGACGACGCGGUGACAAACGGAUACUUGGGAGAAAGUUUAAGUCAGUGGAACGUGGGGGAUGGAGGAACGGAAGGAGGGAAUGGAGAGGCGGCCGAGGACGCGGAAGUGGAGGAGGAGGGAGAGGAGGAAGAGGAAGAGGAAGAGGAGGAAGAGGAGGAAGAAGAGGAGGAGGAGGCGGAGGAGCAGGUGAAAGAGGUGGUUGCAAUGGAGGGUGAUAGUAGCGCGGGAACGGCGCGACUGGGGUCGGUGAUUGCCAUUGGGGAAAGCGGAGAAGGGACAUGGGGCGGCGGCGCGGGGAAUGAGGGGGGAGGAUACCUGUGGAUGGCAGAGGAUGGGAGGAGGGAAGAGGCUGGAGUUAAUCUUGAAAUUAGUGAUGAGACGAGUGAGGGAAUCGUGAGGGAGAGGGUGGAGGAGACGGAGGAGGAAGCGGGUGUGGAGGAAGGGAGUUCGGUGGUUGAGGGGAGUGGCUCUUGCAGUGGGAGGUCUGAGAGUGAGGGAGGUUCUGACAGUGCGAAGGAGUGUGAGAGUGAGGGGGAGUCUGUGAGUGCAAAGGAGUUUGAGAGUGAGGGGAUGUCUGAGAGUGAGGGGAGGUCUGAGAGUGAGAAGAAGUCCGAGAGUGAGGGGAGGUCUCGUACCACCGGCGGUCUGUCGCGUAUGGCAGAAGCAAUUUUGGAGUUCGAGCGGACCGUUAGCGAACAGGAGAAACAGCUCUUAGCGGAGCGAGAGGCAAGAGCGACCUUUGGAUCAGUAUUGGACGGUCGGAUUGACUCCGAGGAGGUUAGGAUCAACGGUGCUGCUUUGCCAAAGGAAAUCCACCCUGUGGAUGCGGCUCCUGCGAAGGAGCAAGCGACUGGAGAUGCGGUUACCAGGUUACCAGUCACAGCGGCAUCAGCAGGUGCUGUUCUGAACUCUCCUGCGUCCGUUCUUCUAGAGCCCCAAGACUCGGUAUCGGGCAGCGAUAGCACCCGCAGCUUUGUGCUUGAUGAUACGAGCUCGGAUAGUAUGGAUGGCGGAGGGGAGAGGGAAGAAGGCGGGGUUGAGAGGAGUGAGAGGAAGGAGGUCGGGAGGGGGAAGGAAGGGGAAGAGGAGGAGGAAGAAGAGGAGGUGAGCAGUGAGCGGAGGGAUGAGGAGAGGGUGGAGAAGGAGCGGGGUAUUGGCUCUGAGAUGGAUGGUCAGCGUGAUGUUGAUUGUGAAGAGGUUGGUGGGGAUCGAAAGGGAGCGGGAGCGGUAGAGAGCGGUGGUGAUGGGGAGGGAGUGGUCGAGGAGGAGGGAGAGGACGAAAAAGGAGGUGUUGGGGAAUGCGAGGCAUUGAGAGGAGAGGAGGAAGAGGAGGUAGAGGAGGAAGAGGAGGAAGAGGAUGAGGAAGACGACGAGGAGGAGGAAGAGGAGGAGGAAGAAGUAGAGGAUCACCUAGCUCACGCUAAGAGGGAAAGGGAGCAAGAGGAAAGAAAGGCGGAGGCAGAAAAGCGGAGGGCGGAGGUGGAGGAGAGGAGCAGGCGGAGGGCGCUUCAGUUGCAGGAGGAGGAGGAGGCAGAGCUGCAUAAGCACUUCUUGGGUAAACGAUCCCAUUUCGCCGACACCGCUCGUGCCUUUUCUGCUGAAACUGCGCAUGGAGUUUCUGCUACUGCUGCUACUGCUACCAAUGCCACUGCUGCUGUGGCUGGUGCUGCUGGUGCUGGUGUUGCUGGUGUUGCUGGUGCUUCUGCUGCUGGUGCUACCGCUCCUGCAGAAACCGCGUUGGCUCUUGUUGUUAGAGGAGGAGUUUCCGGGGCACUGGCUGUUCCGAGGCCGGUCAGGGGAGCUGGGACAGCUGAAGUCGACUCAGAGGAAGAUGACGAGCAGCUUCCACGAAAGCGCGCUUCCUUUAGCAGCAGCAGCAGCAGUCCAGCGGUCGCCGCUGCCGCCGCUGCCGCUGCUGCAGCUGCUGCGGUUGCGGUUGCUGCAGCUGCUAACGCACGCGGGGGGGAGCUGGGAGAAGUGGCGGCGGCUGCAGCAAAGGGAGGAUUCAGCAUGGGAGCAGUCGGCGGAGGGGGAGGGGGAGGGGGAGGGGAAGGGGCCAUGGUUGGUUGUGGGCAUCAUCACCACACCAGCUUUAUAGCAGUGGGCAGCAGGCGACGAAGCAGCAGCAGCAGCAGCAGCAGCAGCAGCAGCAGCAGCAGCAGCAGCAGGAAGGGAGGUGAUGAGAGUGUGACGCGCAUUGAGAGUCCUGUGUCGCGCAUUCCCCAGUGCAUUCUGCGGGACUUGUCUCUCCCCAAUGGCCUUGUCUUCUCUGCCAUGCCUACUGCUGCUGCUAGCGCCAAAACUGCAAGUGAUUGCGCCAUUGGCACGUUCCAAAAGGGAUCAGCUGCAGUCACAACCAUCAAGGCACCCCUCACCUCCCUUCCCCUUGGCGCUGCUGCUGCUGCUGCUGUUGCUGCUCUACCCCCCCUGGUACCAUCUCCCGUUCCCUCUUUCGCCUCCUCACUCCUAGCACCGGAUUCCAUCCCCCCUCCCGUCACAUCCCCCGCCACCAUCCCACCCCACCUCCCACCCCGACCCACCCCCUCUCCUUCCCCCUUCCCCUCCCCUCUCGCCCACCUCAAAGCCACGGACCCUCUCCUCCUCGCCCUCCCUACUUCCAACGCCCCUCCUCCGCUCCUAGACGGGAUGGGGUCGGCUAUAGCGCUGCAGGGAGGGGGGUUCUUAGCGUCUAUGUCUGGGCAGCACUUUGGAGAAGGGGCCACGCGGCUGGUGAUGCAAUUCUCUCGCUCCAUGGUCAUCCCGUCAGAACUAGCGUCCUUAGCGUCGUCUGAAGCAGGAUCUUCUAAGCUCCUGCCUCUCCCUUCUGGAGGUGCUGCUGCUACUGCCGGAGCUGCCACUGCUGGCGCCGCUGCUGCUGCUGCUGCUGCUGCUGCUGCUGCUGGUUCUGAUCCCUCCUCCGUGCUCCCGCUCCUGCAGCGCCUAGCAGCGGCCUCUGCUGCGGAUCCUUCCGCCCCGUCCCUCACAGACCAAGUCCUGGCGCUCAUGCCCCUCCCAGACAUCAGCGGGAAGCCUCUCGAGCAGAUUGCAGCUGAAGGGAUGGCUUAUCUCGAAGGAGGGUGGAACUGGGAGGGAGGAGUGGGAGGAUUGGGAGGUUCGGGAGGGUUGGGAGGAGUUGGAGGGUUGGCGGGAGGGGUUAGAGGGAGUUUGGAGGGGCAGGAGCUGGGACGGACAAGGGGAUAUUUGCAAGGGAGCCAGGGAGGCUACCUGGAGGGACACCUGGGAGGAUACCUGGAGGGCGUUUCAGGUGGUUCUUCAGGUGCUAUCAUCAGCCGUGGCAGCUCCUCUGCAGUCUCAGUCUCCCACUCUUCCUCUGCCCUCUCCUCCUCUUCCUCCUCUGCUCUGGCUGUGAGGCAGGCACAGGCAGCAGCAGCCUUGGCUCGCCUGCGACGCCGGGGGCAGCACCUAAUAGGCAGCAGCGGAGGAGGAGGAGGAGAAGGAAGAGGAGCAGGAGGAGGGGAAAGGAAUCAGUCUCUAGGGGAGUGUGAAGAGGAGGAGGAGAUGGAUAGGGAACUCAGGCAGGCGCUUGUGCUGAUGGGCAAGAGCGGAGGGAACAUGGUUCUCGCUGGUACGAGUGAUGCUACCGGUAGGACUCUAGCCAUGGGCACGGGUAGUGCAGAAGGGAACAUGAUUUCUGGAAAUGCUGGGAUGGCAGGCACAACUUUAGCUGCUGCCUUGGAGGCAGUGGGAGAGGAUGAGGAUGAGUAUGUGGGUUUGGGUGAGCUGGGGGCCUUGGCUGUGGAGCAGAUAGAAGCUCUGUUAGUGGAAGGGCUUAGAGUGCAGAAUGAUCAAAGCGAGUUGCACGCACCAGGGGCUAUUACCCUGGGAGAAUCCGGGCAGUUGGGGUAUUCUGCGGGUUACCCUGCGGGUUACGUGACUGGCGGGUCGAGGGGUGUUCUGGGCGGUGCUGGUUACCAGUCUAGUGGUAACCAGAUUGCUGGUAACCAGACUGGUGGUUACAUUGGGGGAGGUGGGCCGAGAGGGCUGCUUGGGGCAGCGCUGACAGUGGAGGAGUGGCAGCAGCUGGAUGCAGGGGUGUGGGAUGCAGUGGAGUCCGAUAGAGAUGCUCAGGAGGUGCUGCGAGCACACUGCAAGGCUCAUGGGAUAGCAGGGCUGCUGGAGGGGAGCGAGGGGGAUGAGGGGAAGCAGAUGGUGCUGCGCGGUGCAGAUGGGUUUGGAGGGCAGUUGGUGCCUGCAGGGAGUGUGGAUGCAGGCUGCAUGACCGUAGGAGGCUGGGAGGGUGAGUCUAGGCAGAUGGUGGGGGGCUUUGGAAGGGGAAUGGGGUUGACAGCAGGCCAAAGAAACACAGUAACAGGGGGUGUGGUGGGGAACAGUGUAACAGGGGGUGUGGUUGGUAACCCUGUAACAGGGGGUAUGCUAGGAGACAAUGUGACAGUGGCCAUGGUGGUUCAGCUGAGGGAUCCUCUGCGGAACUUUGAGCCAGUGGGAGCACCGAUGAUGGCGAUGCUGCAAGCAGAGAGAGCACCAACACCCGCACCAGCACCACCUGCUGCUGCCGCUGGUCGCAUUCCUGGUAUUGGCGGCGGCGGUGGUGGUGGAGGUGUUGCUGGUUUGGGUGGUCCCACCUCUUCUGCUCUCGGCACGCACCACCACCCUCACCUCAUGGGAAGCCACCAGCAUCAAGCCCUGUUGGAAGGGUACUGUGCUCAAGGUCUUUUGGAGCACGCUGCCUCGCCUAUCCAUGGCUCUGCCACCCACACUGAUAGUGCCAUCAGGGCCCAGCUUUCCUUGGAAUAUUCUGAGGUUGAUGCAACCGGCUCAGCACAGACGGCGCUACAGCCGUGGCAUGGUGCCAGCUCAGCACCAUCUGCGCUACAGCCGUGGACUAACGCCACAGGCACAGGCCAUCACAGCCAUGUCACCUCGGCUGUCUCUCAUCCCUCUGCUGCCCGACCCCCAACGUUCCCCUCCACCGCCCCACCCCGAUUCAAGCUUAAAGCAGUGCAUGUGGCCGGGCUGAAAGCAGAAGAGGCACCAGGGAGAGGGUGGGGGUCGCAGAAGCAAGCACAGGCAGGGGGGAGGUGGCUGGCGGCAAACGGCAUGGGGAAGAGGCAGGAGGGGAAGGGCGGUGCGAGUGGGUUGUUUGGGAAGCAUGCGAAGCCGGCUAAGAUAGAAGCUCUGUUAGUGGAAGGGCUUAGAGUGCAGAAUGAUCAAAGCGAGUUGCACGCACCAGGGGCUAUUACCCUGGGAGAAUCCGGGCAGUUGGGGUAUUCUGCGGGUUACCCUGCGGGUUACGUGACUGGCGGGUCGAGGGGUGUUCUGGGCGGUGCUGGUUACCAGUCUAGUUGUAACCAGAUUGCUGGUAACCAGACUGGUGGUUACAUUGGGGGAGGUGGGCCGAGAGGGCUGCUUGGGGCAGCGCUGACAGUGGAGGAGUGGCAGCAGCUGGAUGCAGGGGUGUGGGAUGCAGUGGAGUCCGAUAGAGAUGCUCAGGAGGUGCUGCGAGCACACUGCAAGGCUCAUGGGAUAGCAGGGCUGCUGGAGGGGAGCGAGGGGGAUGAGGGGAAGCAGAUGGUGCUGCGCGGUGCAGAUGGGUUUGGAGGGCAGUUGGUGCCUGCAGGGAGUGUGGAUGCAGGCUGCAUGACCGUAGGAGGCUGGGAGGGUGAGUCUAGGCAGAUGGUGGGGGGCUUUGGAAGGGGAAUGGGGUUGACAGCAGGCCAAAGAAACACAGUAACAGGGGGUGUGGUGGGGAACAGUGUAACAGGGGGUGUGGUUGGUAACCCUGUAACAGGGGGUAUGCUAGGAGACAAUGUGACAGUGGCCAUGGUGGUUCAGCUGAGGGAUCCUCUGCGGAAUUUUGAGCCAGUGGGAGCACCGAUGAUGGCGAUGCUGCAAGCAGAGAGAGCACCAACACCCGCACCAGCACCACCUGCUGCUGCCGCUGGUCGCAUUCCUGGUAUUGGCGGCGGCGGUGGUGGUGGAGGUGUUGCUGGUUUGGGUGGUCCCACCUCUUCUGCUCUCGGCACGCACCACCACCCUCACCUCAUGGGAAGCCACCAGCAUCAAGCCCUGUUGGAAGGGUACUGUGCUCAAGGUCUUUUGGAGCACGCUGCCUCGCCUAUCCAUGGCUCUGCCACCCACACUGAUAGUGCCAUCAGGGCCCAGCUUUCCUUGGAAUAUUCUGAGGUUGAUGCAACCGGCUCAGCACAGACGGCGCUACAGCCGUGGCAUGGUGCCAGCUCAGCACCAUCUGCGCUACAGCCGUGGACUAACGCCACAGGCACAGGCCAUCACAGCCAUGUCACCUCGGCUGUCUCUCAUCCCUCUGCUGCCCGACCCCCAACGUUCCCCUCCACCGCCCCACCCCGAUUCAAGCUUAAAGCAGUGCAUGUGGCCGGGCUGAAAGCAGAAGAGGCACCAGGGAGAGGGUGGGGGUCGCAGAAGCAAGCACAGGCAGGGGGGAGGUGGCUGGCGGCAAACGGCAUGGGGAAGAGGCAGGAGGGGAAGGGCGGUGCGAGUGGGUUGUUUGGGAAGCAUGCGAAGCCGGCUAAGGUGACGGUUCAGCCUGGGGAUACGCUGUGGAGUCUUUCCCAGAAGGUUCAUGGGAGUGGGAUGAAGUGGACCGAGGUUGUGAAGCUGAACCCGCAGAUUCGGAAUCCGGACCUGAUUUUGCCGAGCCAGAAGAUUCGGAUGAGGAGAUGA